AUGUUGCUCGACGAGGAUCCCGCGACUCUCAUCCACCAUACCGUCGGAAACUUCAACAUCCAACCCGAUAAACAAGCCAUCACCCGCAUCAACGACUCUCUUUCCACCUUACAGCAAUCCCGUGAACUGCGCAUUAGCGAUGCUGAAUCUGCCUUGCGCAAGCUGUCCCGGAAUCUCCACUCGCAAAAUUCACAGUAUGAGGAGGCCGUAGCCGCGCAUGACUCGGGUAAACACGCGGAGCAAAUCGUCGAGUUGGACACCAGAAAGUUCCGGGUAGCAAAGGCGGCUUCCGACCUCGAGGUCGAAAGUGAACGCCUAGAGGGAGAGCUGGAGAUGCUGAAAGAGCGACUGGCAGAUCUAGAAGCUCAGGGGCUGGAGGGAGAUGAACCCACCAGACGCGAAAGAGAGUUGGACGAUGCGACGAUUCUUCGUUUGAAGAUAUACCGAUCACUGGGAGUCGAUAUCGAGGCCGAUGAUGCCGGAAAUUUCAACAAAGCCGUGAUUCGCAACAGUCGAAAGGGAGACGUGCAUGUCGUCAAUGUCGACUCCAAAUUUUCGCGAUUCUUCUAUGCCAAUUACUUCUGGUCAACGAUGCAGGGUUAA